AUGUUUUGGGGCUGGAGUGAAUCCUUGAAUUUGCUGGAGAAAUGGCGGGAUCAUUUCAAAGCCGACAUCCUUCCAGGGGACUUCAAUAUCCUCCUAUUUGGCCCUGGAGAUCCACGACAUAUCCUCACGCUCCUGGCCAAGAGCUACAACCUCCCUGAAGGUAUUUCUGUGAAUUUCUUCCAAGUGGACAGUUGUAUGGAGCACGUUGCAAGGAAUCUUCUGCUUCUCACGGUGGCAUUGGAGAGUGGUCAGGAAAUGUCUGUGCGCGGGAAGACGCACCUAUUCAUGGAUAUCUUUGGGAAUAGCCACCUAAGACCGGCUUCUGCAAACUACCUCAAGGGACGCACAAAAUUCUUCACAAAAGUAGCAACGGAUGGGGAUUUUGGGCAGGAAAAUAUGCCAAUGGUGUCACUUGGGGAGUUAAAGUACCGCGAGAGGGAUAAAUUGGAAGCAACAUUUAGUUUCUGGGCCAAUGAAGGUGUUCCUUUUGAGAUUAAAUCCAUCUGGGAUCGUCGUUUGAGGGAGAAUCUCAAGACCAGGUACGACUACCGGAAUGGAGUCUUUGAUUGGGACUUGCAGAUGCAACUGAGGGAUCGUGGAGCUGGUCAGAUUUGUCCACAAGAGUACACCCAUUGGCGUGAAUGUGGGAUUGGCUUUGUCUUCCCGGAAUUUGAACAAGUCAUCCCCAAUAAGACUCUGGGAAUUAAUUCCGGGAAUCAAUGGGCUUUCCUGGGUGACAUGACAGUGGGUCCUUUUAUUUCCUUCGGCCUCAACUGUCCUGAUGAGAGGAUGCUGAAAUCCCAGCAUGGAGUCAAUGAAUACCGAGCCACGGAUGUUACAGAAAGGAAUCUAAUGGAGAUCUUCCACGAAAUCCUGGAGAGGAAGCAUUUUUCCCCAACUUCUGAGGAUUAUCAUCGCUUUGGAGGAGCUUCCCUGAAAAUGGGAUCAAUUCUUCCCUCUUCCGGACUUGACUCCGGUUCUUUGCCCAAAUCCCGAGAAAACUUCCCACCACUCCUGAAAUUCCCUAACUUUUCCCUUACUUUCGUCUCUCCGGAAGAUUUGGAGAGAUUUCUCGGGCAGGAGAGAAUGCAGGAGAAGUUCUCCGUUAUCUUUGUUGGUCAGAACUUCUUCCCUGUCUUUCGCGAAGAGUUUGUAAGCACCCUUCACCCCAAGGGAUUGAUUCUCUUCGAAACAAGACGCUUCACAACCCUCCGGAAGGACACAGUGAAUGAGUUCUCAUCCCAAAUCCGAGAUUUCUGCUCCAGGAACUCCCUUAUAUCCCUCAAUCUGCCACUUAAUCAACAUUUCUCGAUACUUUUGUACAAGAAAAAAGAAUAA